UACGCCAUAAGCUGAACAAGAGAUGGUGUUGAUGUUAUUAUCUAAAAUUGAUUUCAUUUGUUAUUGAUAAUUUAAUGAAAUCCAAUUGGAUUUAGUGUUAACGUGUUUAAACAUCUUCCCUUCACACCGAUGACUCGAAUUACUGACCCAAAGACCAUCGAUAAUCUCAAUGGUCCAGGUGAUGUUGUUUACCUUCAAUGUCAGUAUUUCAAUGAGACUUUAUGUUCAAAUGGUUAUUGUGGUCCUAAAAAUGUAACUAAGUGCGCACAAGAAUCAACUUCAAAUGGAUUACAGAAAUACUACUGUUACUCUCUUUGGUCAAAUGUUACUGAUGAUUCCACCAACACUUCCGAUGGUUUAAAAAGUGCUGGUCGAGUGACACUUAGACACGCAGGAUGUUUAACUGGUCAUAAUGGUGAUUGUGUCAAUAGUACAACAUGUAUAGCCUCAAGAUACACAAAGGAACAUUAUUUCUGCUGUUGUUAUGAAGAUUUUUGUAACAGAAAUGUUCAUCUUCUUUCAAAUAUACCCGUGCAUUCACCUCAACAAGCGAAAACCUCUGGAUCUGAAUCUGGCUCAAUUGGGAUCUGGUCUUACACUUUGAUACCUUUAGCAAUUUUAACUAUUCUCAUCUUUAUUGUUCUGUAUUACGUUUGGUUUAAACGUCAAAGGAAAGAUCUGAUUCGUUCAAAGCGAUUUGGUGAAGAUGAUGAAAGCGUUUCAAUCGCCAAUCAAAUGAAUGGAAUGAGUAUUAACUCAUGUACAGCAAAUGGAACUAUUAAUUUAACAAGUAACCAUCAUCGUAAUGGUAAUGAUUCAAUAGUCGAACAUGGGAAUCGAAGUAUUCAAUUAAUUGAGAAACUAUCAACUGGACGAUUUGGCUCUGUCUGGAAAGCGAAAAUGAUUUCUCCUCAAACUAUCUACAAAAAGGAUAUCUCAGGGGAGAGAAUCGUUGGCAAUAUUGAUGGUGAUGAUGUAGAUGGAAGUUUAAUUACACCAUCAUCCAUUACUGUUAAUAAUGAUGAGAAAGGAAACAAUCAUAAGAUUGUUGCAGUGAAAAUAUUUCCACCUCAUGAAAGGUCAUCAUGGAUAAGUGAACAACUAGUUUUUAAGACACCACAAAUUGAGCAUGAAAAUAUUUUACGUUUUCUUGGCUCUGAGAAGCGCGAUGAUCCCUCAAAUCCCAACAAUGAGCCUUUAUCUGAAUCUCCAUCAGGAUUCUGGUUGAUAACAGAGUAUCAUGAGUUUGGUUCUCUCUGCGAUUAUUUAAAGAAAAAUACUGUAAAUAUCGAUCAACUUGUUAAGAUAAGUAUUGGCAUUGCUGCGGGUUUAAAUCAUCUUCAUUAUGAAAUUCCCGAAGGAAGUGAGCCAAAGGAAGGUGGAGAAGGAGUUAACAAUCAAGCAAAUUACAAGAUGAAACCAUCGAUUGUACACCGAGACAUUAAAUCACGAAAUGUUCUAUUAAAAGCUGAUUUAACACCUCGAAUUGCUGAUUUUGGUUUAGCUUUAAUCUUUUAUCCUAAUCGUACUCCCGCUGGAUUGGGACAAGUUGGUACACGUCGAUACAUGGCUCCUGAAGUACUUGAGGGAGCCAUUAAUUAUACCCAAGAUUCACUUUAUCGUAUUGAUGUUUAUGCUUGUGGUCUGGUCCUUUGGGAAUUGGUCUCUCGUUGUCGGGGCGAUGACACGCUCACCAGCGAAGAUGAAUCUUCUAAUGGAGUGAUAACAGUUAGCGAAUAUAAAUUACCCUUUGAAGAGGAAGUGGGACAAAAUCCAUCUCUCGAGGAUAUGCAAGAAACUGUUUGUCAAGCAAAGAAAAGGCCAAUAAUCCAACAACAAUGGUUAGAUAAUCCAUCUUUGAAGGUGAUUUGUGAAACCAUCGAGGAAUGUUGGGAUCAAGAUGCAGAGGCGAGGCUCUCUGCCAGUUGUAUAUUGGAAAGAUUUAAGAUCCUGGCAAGAAAUCGAGUAAAUACCAGAUUCUAAUUAGUUUUUCUUCAUCAUCAUCCUCAGCUCUCGUUCUCUCACUCUUCUAGAAAAAAAACCGAGUCAAAAUGUUAAAGAUACUGAAUAUAUAUCUCUCUCUGUGUGUGUAUAUAUAUAUAAUAACAAGAGGGAAAAAAGAAGGCAAAAAAUUAAAAGUAAUUUAAAACUCGAAGGAAAAUCAACAAGACAAUUUAACUAGAGAGAGGAAGAGAUGAAGAUGGAAAUAUUUGGAGCAUCUUUCACACAUUCAUCUCUCUAUCAACGUAUUUUUGCAUCAUUUUUCAUUCAUCAUAAUUUGAUUCAUCUUUUUUCUCUUCAUCAACACUCAAAAUAAUUUUAAUUACUAUAAUCAUCACCAUAACCAUCAACUUGAUGAUUAAAUUUGACCUUUUUCAUCUACUAAUCUCAUAACUCACUCAAUCAAAUCUCUCAUUUUCAUCUCAUCACAAUUAAACUCUAGCAACAAAUUAAUCAUUUGUACGAUAAGAAAUCAACAAUUACUUCUUAUAUUUUGCCUUAUCCUUUCAAUUUCCUCUCUAAAUUUCCCAGUUUUUUUUCUAAUCAUCGUCAUUCAAUUUAGACCAACUGAUAAUCAACAUCUAAUUGAUUUAAAACCCAAACAAAAACUACAGAUUUUUACUGCCACUUGAUUACAAUAUUGUGUUUGUUAUCCUUAAUCAUCUUUAUCCUUUUCCAAAUGAUGAAAUUGGCUCAUUAAAUUUUACCGCUGUCAUGUAAUCAACUGUCACUGAUUGUUGGCUGGUGAUGAUAUAACAGUCACCAUUUAAGGAACGCAAUAGAUAAUGGCUGCUAUCUCAUUUGAUUACAGUUUAAUUAACCUAAUUGUUCACUAACCUCUGAUCAAUUUAAACUCUUACUAGUAAAUCCUGAAUUUCAUUGAUUGUAAUUCAUUCGAAUUUCAGUUUGUUGGAACCAGACGGCUCAUUGUAACCCUGCGCCUGGCGAAUUUAUUGGCUCGAACUGUGGAAGUGACCAGUUACUUUUCCCCUUUUAUCUUGAUUACUUUUGAUUGGUACGUGUUGAGGUCACUCUCUGUCUUAUAACAUAGUCAGUCACCUUACCACUACACAUAUUUCACUUCGUAAACUUUUUACGAUAGUUUGAUCCAAGUUGUCUGCAGUGGCUAGCUUACUAUACAAAGGCAAGUGUAGUCGUGCUACUCCAAGUUGCGGCCCAUCGACUAUCAACCUAUUAUUAUAUGAGUUGGGCUUUAAUGCUCCAGUACUGAACUGAUAUCUCCUGUUCUUUGUAUAAGGUCUACUAACGAAUUAAAUAAAGUAAGAACACAAUUAGAAGAACUUUAACUAAGACAAAUUAACUUUACUAUCCAAUGGUUGAUUAAAUGAUAUUGAUGAAUUACACAGUUUAUUGAUUGUAAUUGUGUUCUUACUUUAUUUAAUUCAUUUAUCACUCAUCAAGUAACUUUUUCACGUUACAUAGGUUAGACACUGAAUGUCAGUCAAUCAGCUACAAUUAGUCAGCCACUGUUACUGUUAUUAUUACCCCGUUCCUAUACCUUUGUAUGUUUCCAUUUCCGUUUACCCAUUAAACUUUAUUCAACAUCAUUGCCUGCGUGUAACUUGUAAGAUCACUAUUGAGCAACAAUCUCAUCUCCAACAUGGUUCAACGUAACCAGGAAGGAGAAAUGAUACCGCUAAUGGAAUAACAAUAAUCUUUAUGAUGGGAACAAUUUAAUUGUUGGUAAAGAAUGAAGAUAACAUUUCCUUUCCUGAUGACUUGAGACAAGUGGAUUUACUAGUGAAUUUUAUUUCAAUUAUUUUCUUUUCUCCGUUAAUUUUCAUGUAAUUUAAUGAUUGUUUUAGAGAAAGAAAACCAAGAGACGAUUAGUCCUAUUUUCCUCCUCUAA